AUGGUCAAGAGCAGACUCUCUCCUGCAGAUGAUUUCGUUCUUUGUCAGCAUACCUCAAGUCCAUUAGGAAAUGCUGCAGUGGUGGAGACAUCUGACAAUAAAAUACUUGUAUUACAGCGAAGUAAUAAUGUUGGUGAAUUUCCUGGAUAUUUCGUUUUUCCCGGAGGCCAUCCAGAGCCUCAAGAAAUUGGGAUAACGUCCCAUCAAUAUGUAAAGGAGUUAACAGACUCGAUCAACAUUAAUGUCUCGCGGGAGAUGUUUGACAGCAUAGUACGCGAAGUCGUUGAAGAAAUCGGAGUGCCAGCUUCAUCCCUUAGCAUCCCGGCUUUCAUUGGUAUAUCUCGCAGGGAUUUGAAUGUGAGACCGGCUGCAUUUUUCUCUAUCAAAUGCAAUCUUGACUCAAAGGAAGUUCAGCAGUUUUACUCUAGUGCACUAGAUGGCUAUGAAUCAACCCAGCUCUAUACUGUCCCAAUGAUUGAAUUAGAAAAUAUGGCCUCUAUGAUGCCUGGCUGUCAUCGAGGUGGAUUUGCUCUCUAUAAAUUGAUGGUUGACACCAGGAAGAUUACUUGA